GGGGGGGGGGGGCAAUGGGAUCCCGUUAACAGUUCUGGGACCCCCCCAAGACUGAUGGGACCCCACAAUCUGGAGACACCACCCAGGGCUUCGGGAUCCUUACUGGGGUGUUGAGACCCUGCCCACAUUUUGGGGACCCCCCCGGGUAACGGGGACCCCCAAGUUCUGGGGAUCCACAGGGAACUUGGGGACCCCCCCAGGACUGAGGUUCCCCCACACUUUGGAGACCCCCCCUCCAGAGCUUGGGCACCCCCUCCUGGGGUCCAGGGAUCCCCCCAGGGUAUUGGGGAUGCCCCCAAAUUUGGGGACCCCCCCCAGUAUUUGGAGUCCCCUUACUUUGGGGGCCCCCUGUGUUUUGCGGACCCCCAGGGUAUCAGGGACCCCCCGGAUUUUGGGGACCCCCCCAGACCCCCUCAAGGGUUUUGGGGACACACGGGGGGGGUGUCCAGCCCCUCCCCAACUUUUGGGGUUCCCCUCCUUUAGCAUGGGGGGACCCCAAAACUUCCUCGGGGACCCCAAAUUGGGGGGUGCAGAGGGGAACACCCCCUUCCCCCCACCCCUGCAUCUUGGGGUCCCCCCCGGGUUUGGGGGUCCCCCCCCUCCCCCCCCCCAAAUUCUGCCAAACCAACUUUGGGUCGAGUGCGUCAAACCAACGAAACCGGAGCCGGAGGGGACGCGGGGCCACCAAGGGCCACCAUGGGCUACUGGGGCCACUGUGGGUCACCCAGGGCCAGCGACGGGACCAUCAGGGGCCACCCAGGGCCACCACAGGGUCACUGUGGCCACCAAGGAGACGGCCAGGGCCGUCAAGGGUCACCCAGGGCCACCGGACGGUCACCACAGGGUCACCAUGGGGAUGGCCAGAGGGCCACCACGAGGCCACCACAGGGCCAGCACAGCAAGAGCCAGGAGGUGGCUGGGGCCACCACAGGGAGUCAGGGGGUGGCCACCACCGCCGUGGGGGACAGCCAGGGCCACCAAGGGCUACCACCAGGAUGGACAGGGCCACCACAGGAAGAGCCAGGGGACAGCCACAGCCACCACGGGGCCACCAGCACCAUGGUGGCACUGCGGCCACCACAGAGGUGACCAGGGCCACCAAAGGGACCAGAGGAGAGCCAGGGCCAUGGAGGGGGUGGCCGGGGUCGCCAUGGGGACAGUCAGGGUCGCCAUGGGGACAGUCAGGGCCACCACGGGGUCAGGGCCACCGUGGGGAUGGUCACGGACAGGAACCAAUAAAGGUGACACCAGUUCUUGGAGCCACCACCUGUGUCUGGGGGGGCAUGGGGACACGGGGGGGGGACACCGGGAUGGGAUAGCAGGACAUUGA